AUGAGAAGGCUGUUGAUUAAGCGAAACCUAAGUCUCUUGUGGCUGUUGAUGAAGCGAAACUUGAGUCUCUUGUGCAGAUCCGUGCUCAGAUUUGUCAAGAUAUCUGCUCACAGAGUCAUGGCCUGUUUUCUCUACUGCUUCCGCGGCAAAGACUCUUCACUCGCCAAUUCCAAAAAAGGUGAAAACUCGCAGAGUCAUCAUUUAUCGGCGUUGUUUCGGUCUGGAGAGAAAGAAGCUUCUUCUCCUUGCCUUGACAAAGAAAGAUUUGAUUUGGAUUCUAUACGUAUUGACAAAGGCCUAAAGGAUGAGGCGCGGUUUCUUAAAGCUUGUGGUACUAUACCGGAGACGCCUAUUGAAAUUAGGAAAGCGUCACUUAAACUGAGAAGUCCUACUCAACAUUCUGGAUCUUCCCAUUUCCACUCAUGGAUUUCUAGUAGCUCUGCGCUCGGGUUUCAUGUGGAUGAAUCCCCAACCCCCAUGAAAGCUUGUGAAGAGGUGGAAAGACCAUCAUUUACUUCAGAGCAAACACCAAGCAGAGGUUCAACACAUGUCCGGGACAAUGCAAGGAUCACGUCUGCUUUUAAGGAUGCUGAUGAAGUAGGAAGCAUGGGCACUGCAGUCAAGGGUGACUUGGAUAGAUCUGCCAGGCCAAUGCUCACAGCUGGAAAGACAAAAUCGGUGCGGUUUGAAUGUGAUCUUGAACAAUCUCAAUCUUCUAAUUCUUCCGAGAAUAGCAGUUCAAGAAAACCCCAGAUGGGUGGUGGCAAGAUUAGUUUUACAUUGAGCUCGCCUAAUCCAACUCCAUUGAAGCUAUCUGAUGAGAUGCAGACUCCCGGAACCAUAUAUCCAGCGAACAUGGAAUCAGCAGGAAAGGGAAGGCCAAGAAUCAGGUCACAAUUUGUGCAUUCAGUCUCCAAUCUGAUAGAGAAUGCACCCAUAUAUAAGGCCCGCGCUGGUUUACAUGAGAGCCUAGAACAAGCUAAAUGGCAGGGCUACAAAGAGCAGAUAGAUGGUGAAACUCCCACUUCGGCAACUCAAGGGGAAAAGGUAGAAGCAAACUCAUAUGAGAAACUGUCCAAGUUUGAGGCAAGCUUUUCUCCUUGGCUAAACCCGAUCGACAAAGACUGUAAUGAAAGGACACCUGGAGUCAAUGCCAUAACGCCAGGUGAGAGGCCUAUCAUUGGAUUGGUUGCUGCUCACUGGAAUGAGGAUGAGAAAAAUGAGAUUUCACCCAAAUGGUGGGAUGGGAAUGGAAUCCCAAAUACGACAACCAAAUACAAGGAGGAUCAGAAAGUGAGUUGGCAUGCAACACCGUUUGAAGUGAGACUGGAGAAAGUACUCUCGGAAGAAGGUGGUCAGAGUUUAUUCCCUCGAAGGAAACUUGAAGUGAUGGAGGAUGAAGAAGACUCGGACAUAUCGCAGUUGGAGCAGCAACCAGCUCGGUAG